UUAGGUUAUUGGGAUUUGGUCCUGGUCCACCACCUAAAAUGCGUAAAAGAAACUGGUGAGUGGUUGCAGAUCAAACCGGUGGACUAAUUAUAGAUCAAGCCUUAUAUAUUAUAGGUAUCUAAUAAACUCAAGGCCAGAGGCGGCGGCAGUGCAGGUGGAGUUGCUACAUCAGACGAAAACUACUAUUUUCAAGAAUUAUUACCUGACCAAAAUCCCAACAGCAUCAAAAUGACCUAAAGCUGCGAACGUCGUUGAGCUUCCCUGGGGUGCUUGCAUCGCCAGCCAGGAUGUUAUGGUCUUAGAGUAUAGUUCAAUUGGUUUUUCAAAGUACUUGUUGGUGUUCAUCACUUUAUCUGCAUCGAUCCAAAUCUAAAAAAUCUAAAGAAUUUUAAGAUUUGAAGACCAUACAAUUACAACUCUUGUUGAUGCUGUUUCAUCCCAGACAUCUACAAAAAUCUUCCCAACAUCCCAGUCAUCAUUCCCUCGCCGACCCCUGUAUGCCCAUCCCCCUCAUCACCUCCUCCAGACUUCUAUAGCCAUCCCCAUAAUCACCCCAUCCCACCACCACCACCCUCCCCCACACCAUUCUAACUUUGCCUGCGCUUUUCGGACUCUCCUUCUUAUUUUCGGCACAUCUUCUCCUGCCUCGCGGCAUUAGCCGUGAGGAAGAGCAAAAGGUCUUCGCCGACUGGUAUGGAGAUGAAAGCGUGGCUGAAGAUGAUGGGGAUAUGGACGGGAAUGCGUUUGUGGAAGCGACUCAACAAACGAGAUCUUCGACUCCGAGGUCGAGUCAUGCGACAGGUCAAAUUGCGGCUAGUACAACUGUCACGCAGAGCGAGGAGCCUGAAGUACCGUCAGAACAAAUUGAGGCAACUCUGAGAAGCGUUGUGAACGAUGUCUAUGAUGUUUCGUCUAACGAGAAGACUAGUGCUAGUGGUGAGGGGUCCGGGAAACUCAAACUGAGACUGAGUAGCGCAGCCGACGACGCCAUGAAGGAAAUCUUUAAGAACACGCGGCAACGCCUAAAGGCCUUAAAAGUACCAACAUGGCAGGCCAGACACAUCCGUAAUGAAAUACUCAGCGAGAUUCCCGCCGAGAAAGGCGGGUACGGUGGCAUUCCCAUUCCGGAUCUACAAGGUACAGAUUAUGAUCGAGAUUCGAACUAGCAAUAGCCUCACAGUUUCUCGGAGUUGUCUUAGAAAUCUUGUGCUGCCAACAUGUUGCCAUUCCUCGGAGGUAUAAGUAAAGCAUGCUCUAAUAAUGUGGCCCAGACGAGGAAAAGAAGCUGGAGACGGCUUUGGACGGCCUGCUUAGCCUCCGCGGACAAAUUGUGAAGAGACGUGAGCAUUUUCAACUGGAAAGGAGUUCUCGAACAGGCCAAAGAGUUCCCAAAAGCCGCAUUAGCGAUGACUCUGAAUUUCCAUACAAAGACCUCAUGUUCAGCGCGUUGGCUCUGACUGUUAAGGCAGUGGCGUUAGAACUCUUCUUCAGAGUGAGUUUGAGAGACAUUAACAUUCAGAAGAGCAUGAUGAUGAAUGCUUUGACUCAUAAAAUUUUGACGCAACAGUCUCAUAAGGAUUAGGAUAAAGUUUUGCCGUAACAUUAAGUACCAGAGAACGAUAAUGAUUAUUUUUGUCUCCUCGUAGGUACUAACUACUUUUUCAUCUCCUGCAACCAAGUUCCCUUCUAAGUCGUCGAGAGAGCUCUACAAGGAAUCCCAGAUUGCUGCACAAGAGGACACGCUCCAUCGGAUCGAUACGGCAGGUGCCGAGUCACGGCACGUGGUGGAUGAAAUCUACACGGAUCUGGGAAGAAAUUGGAGCCGUCUAAUCGAAAUCCUGGCUCUCUCAGACUACAUUGCGGCGAUGGAGAGUUAUGUCCUGUUCAAGUCCAAGCCCAACCCCAAGGUAAACACCAACACGCGGUAGAAGGAGUCGGCGUAGAGUAUCACGUUCAUUAUCGAAGUGCGUCAAUAGAAGAUCUUUGUAGCGAAUAUUUUUGAGAAUGAGACAGCACUACUUUUAUAGUUAUAGACCAGCACCGCAUUAUUUCUUUUUUUAUCCUCCAUUUCAAAGCCUGCAUCGAACAUGAUCAUGAUGACGCGUCGUGCACACGUGCCUCGAAGUGUGUUUUUAGAGUGUCUCAUGAUUUUUCCAAGAAUCCGAACUUAAUCCUUUUUUUCCCAAGUUGUUUGAUAUUGUGAUUCACGAUCGAAUGAAAAUCAUGCCAAGUAGAGGACAGACUGAACAGUGGAAGCGGG